AUGGCUAUCGAUCGCAUCGUCAGCCUUGUUCUUCGCGCCGCGGAGCUCGUCUUUGCCGCCAUCGUCGCAGGCGUCAACGGCGAGUAUCUGCACAAGUCUGAGGGCGCCAGUUCAUGGCAACUCGGCCGGUUCAUUUACACCGAAGUGGUGGCCGCGCUGGGCAUACUGUUCUCUCUAUUGCUCCUCAUUCCCUUCUCGAGCACCUUUAUUCACUGGCCCUUGGAUAUUUUCAUGAGCAUCAACUGGUGGAUCGUCUUUGGCCUGCUCGUCGAUUUGAUUGGAGACUCUUGCGGUCGCGUGUUCAACUGGGGCAACGUCCAUCCUAUUCACGGUGAUCAGUGCGGCAAGUUCAAGGCCACCAUCGCCUUCAGCUUCCUCUCGGCACUUCUCUGGCUCGUCUCUGCCCUCGUCGGCUUCUUCUGGGUUCGCCGCCGUGAGCGCGCCGUCGCCCGCGCCGAUGCCGCCCACUACAACCGCCGCAGGCACUGGUUCCGCCGCAGCCGUGUCUAA